AGGAUCAUCACACGUGCCUUACGAUGUACGGAAAAACUUAAAAUAUCAUCUCUUUUAUUUAAAAAAUAAAGUAAUCUGACCGUGGUAGUUUUACAAAAAGUUUCAAUUCUAACUAUAAUUUUAUUUUUGAAAAUAAAAUAUUUAAAUUUUCGUUAGGUUUCAAUAUGGUUAGUUCACUAUCCAAAAACGAAGAUGCUUUCAAUGAUGAAGAUAUGGAUGAUGUUUCAUACGAGAAACAUAGACAAUUAUUACAAACAAUUACAUCUAAAACCAAACGAAAAAUCCAGCCAUCCACUCGCAAUGAACCAAGUUUACAAGUUUCUGAAUUUCAUUUGUCAAGUGGACAACAAACAACAAACGUUGAUGAUUUAACAGAUGCAUUGAAAAAAAAAGCACCAAAAAUAAGGCAAAAAAUUCAAGUAGCUAAAUCAACAAAAAAGCUAUUGCAGAAACCAUUGGAUAAAGUUCAUGCUGAAAAAAUAAAAAGAGCGGUUGCUUAUGACAAUUUUAAAAAGCACAUUAGUAGAUGGUCUGCUAUUGUUGAAAAAAAUAAGUCUGCUGAUCAGUUAAGAUUUCCUUUAAGGAGUAGUGAAGUUGAAGUUUUUGAUAAUCGUAUGGUUGAUUUUAGUCGAGGAUUAUCUAACCCUACAGAUUUACAAAAGAAAAUCUCUGCUGUAUUACAGUCUAGUGAAAUUGUUCAACAAAAGCAAAAAGAUUUAAAAAUGUCUUGGAUAGAAAAAGAAAAAGAAAAAUAUCCAUUAACACUAAAAGAGUUAUUAGAAAAACGUAAAAGUAUGGCUAGUUUCCGAGCUAAAGAAUCAUAUAGACAUGCUAAAGCUCAUAGACAAAAUAAAAUUAAAAGCAAAAAAUAUCAUAGAUUAUUAAGAAAGGAAAAGACAAAAGAGCAAAUCAAAGAAUUUGAAAAAUUACAAGACACAGAUCCGGUAGCAGCAUUAGAAAAACUUAAUGUUAUUGAAAAGACAAGAGCUGAAGAGCGUGCUAGCUUAAGACAUAAGUCUACUGGACAGUGGGCGCGAAAUCAUGUUGUACGAGCAAAAUAUGAUAAAGAUAGCCGAAUAGCUUUAGCAGAACAAUUAAGAAAAAGUAAAGAGUUAACUCAGAAAGUACAACCAUCAUUGAAUGAUAUAAAUGAUUCUGAUAGUUCUGAUGAGGAACAAAUUGAAAUACCUGAACAAGUAAUUGAUCCUGAUAAUCCUUGGCUUGCCGAACGAAAAGAAUUCAAAGAUUUUAUGACUGGUUAUAAUAAUUUUGUUCAAAAUAAUUGUGAAGUAAAAGAAGCUAAUGAUCAACAUAAAAACAAUAAAUUAAAUUUAAAUAGUGAAACUAAAGACAUAAAUGAUCAACAUAAAAACAAUAACUCGGAUGUGAAAAAUAGUAAAACUAAAGAUAAAAUUAAAAAAGAAAAGAAAAAUAAGGUUAAAAAUAUUACAGUUCAAGAUCUCUCUACUUUUGAUGAAGAGGAGAGUCAUGUUGAAGUUUUAAAAAUUGUUACACCUAAAAAAAAAAAAGUUCAUUUCUCUAAUGAUACAAUUGAGUCAGAAAGUAAAAAUAAAGAAAUUGAUACAAAUAUUAAAAGCAACUCUAUGGCACAAAACAAUAAGAAAAAUAAUAACAUUGAUGUAAUUAAUACAGUUGCUGGAACAUGGUUUGUAUCAUCAGAUAAUAUUAAUGAUAACUUAAACAAAAAAAAAGUACACAGAGAUGUUGAAAAUGCGUUUAAGACUGUUGAAAUUGAAUUAAAAAAUAAAAUUAAUGAGAAAUUGCUUAAGCUCAACAAAGUAACAGUUAAACAACCUGCAAAGACAAAUGUUGUUAAACGACAGAAUGAAGAAGUAAAAAGUGAUUACUUAAAAAUGAAUAAUAAACGUAUAAGGGCUGGAUUUAAUGAACCUUUGUAUGAAGAUAAUAAAACAUUAGAUACUAAUAAUACAAGCAAUAUUGAAAGCAACCCAGGACCUACUAUUAAAAUUGUUGAAAACCCCAAAAAGCAAGUACAAAAUAUUGAUCCUACAGAGUUUUUACAAGUGACUCAGACAAAUUUAGAAACCGAAGAAAUGACUCAAGUAGAAGACCAAAUAGAUGAUAAUGAAGAAAACGAUCAAGAAAAGUUAAUUGCAGAAGCUUUUGCUGAUGAUGAUAUUAUUAAUGAAUUCAAGGAGGAAAAGAAAAAGUUAGAAGAGCAGUCCAAGCCAAAAACAGAAAUAGGACUUCCUGGUUGGGGCAGUUGGGCUGGCCCAAAUAUCAGAAAACGAACAUUUAAGAAAAGAUCUAACAUGGGGAUGUUUAGAACACCCGCUAAACCUCCACGUAAAGAUUUCAACCGAGAAAAAGUUAUUAUUCAUGAGAAUGCUGAUGAUUCUAUUAGAUCACAUUUAGUUUCUGAAUUGCCAUAUCCAUUUAAAGGUAUUGAAGAAUAUGAAGAAACAAUCAAGGUACCUGUAGGACGAACAUGGGUACCUGAAACAGUUUUCCAAAAACUUACUGCUCCCCCAGUUGUUACACAAAUGGGUCAAAUUAUUAAUCCAAUUGAUGAAAAUUCUGUUGUAAAAAUUAAAUUAAAUGAUUAAUAUUUAUUUUGAAAA